AUGGUCUUCCUGCCGGGACUCACUGUGGUCCUCCUGAGCGGUCUCCUGCAGGCUGUUGCACCCUGGGGCGCACAGAGACCGGCCAGACCAAGACAGUGCGACGCACCGAAGCUGCAAAGUCACAUGAACUCUUUUCUGUGGCGAGUGAAUCGGACGGCACCUAAUCCACCAUCCUACCUAUUCGGUACCAUCCAUGUGCCCUACACCCGGGUCUGGGACUACAUCCCGAACAGCUCCAAACAGGCUUUCCAAAGCAGCAACAAUGUUUUCUUUGAGCUGGACCUGACUGAUCCACUGACCAUUUCCAAACUUACCAGCUGCCAGUUACUGCCUCACGGAGAGAACCUGCAGACCCUGCUACCUCGAGACCUGUACCGCCGCCUCAAGCGCCACCUGGACUACGUCAAACACAUGAUGCCUUACUGGAUGACUGCUGACCAGAGAGGCCGAGGCCUUUAUGCAGACUACCUAUUUAAUGCUAUUGCAGGCAACUGGGAGAGAAAGAGGCCCGUUUGGGUGAUGCUGAUGGUCAACUCACUGACUGAGUGGGAUGUCCGGUCCAGAGGGACGCCAGUGCUGGACCUGUUCUUAGCUCAAGAAGCUGAGCGGAUGGGAAAGACGACAGGGGCAGUGGAGCGCGUGGAGGAGCAAUGCCACCCACUCAAUGGCCUCAACUUCUCUCAGGUGCUGUUUGCUUUGAAUCAGACACUGCUGCAGCACGAGGGCGUCCGAGCGGGCAGCGUUCAAGGCUCUUACACGACCGAGGACCUCAUUACGCACUACAACUGUGGUGACCUCAGUUCCAUUAUCUUCAACCAUGAUACGUCGCAGUUGCCUCACUUUAUAAACAGCUCCCUGCCGGCACAUGACCGCACGACGGCCAUGGAGAUCGACAGCUACUUCCGGCAAGAGCUCAUCUACAAGCGCAAUGAACGAAUGGCCCGUCGUGUGUCAGCCCUGCUGCAGAGGAAUCCUAACCAGACGUACUUUUUUGCCUUUGGUGCAGGUCACUUCCUGGGGAACCACAGUGUACUGGACAUCCUCAGGCAGGAGGGAUACGAGAUCGUUCACAUGCCCUCAGAUUAUCAAGAGCCAGUCUCAGACGGUAAACCCGAAAAAGAACAACCUGCCGUAGAAUCCAGCGAGGAGAGUAAAGACAUGAGCACCGUGGCUCCCACCAGCUGGCUCACCAGUCCAGAGACGAAGCAGGAGCCAGAUGACCCAGACAGCAUACCCAUCCCCGGAGAAGAGGAGCUUCCUCACAUCCUGCUCCCCGAUAGCUUGAGCCAGCUGGAAGAGUUUGGAAGGCACAAACGGCCUCGAAAAGCCCACCGAGGGCAUGGGAGACCACGUCUUUUCAGUGAUCUCUGGGUUCGCAUUGGAGAUGGCACUACCCCGAUGCCUAAUGUGAGGAUAAUAAACGGUUACAUAACGGUGGACCCUCCGCUCAUCCAUCAAGAGCAGCAUAGACAAACGGAUAUCUACGUGACAGAGCGACACCACAGCUCACCUCCGCCCACUCCGCCCAGCUCCAGCUCAGCCCCGCCAGUCCACAGCACUCCGGCACUGACUUGCAUUUUAGCUUGGUUUUUGUCACACCUGCUGUUCACCUCUUGACCACAAGUCAACAUUAUCUCAUAGACACAAACACUUAAAAACAGUACUGCAUCUAUAGCAGAGCACUGGAAUGUACCUGAGGAGACAAACAGAGAGCGGCCAUCACACAUACAGAGCAGAGUCGGAGGAAUAUUUCGGUCGGGACAAAGCGUUCUCAGUCAGGAGAGUCCUGCAUUCAGUCUCCACCAAAGGGAGAGACCAAAAAGAACAUGUUGAAAGGCCAAGGCUUUAAAAACUUGCCAACUGGAAUAAGCUUCCAGCCAUGACAUGAGCAAUGAAUGGACUAUAUUAGACUGUAAAGGGUGGAGUCUACACCUCAUGAAAGUAUUAAGGUAGAAUAACAAACACAUAGCACAGAGAGGAAUUGUAAUUUUGGAGAAUCUAAGCCUCUCUUUUUUAAUGAAAAUUGUAAUGCUGCAUAGAAGUAAGAUUCCCCUAAUAAUGAAAAUUGACCAUUACUAAUAAGAGUUAUGAGUCUGUGAUAAAUGAGAUGAAUGCAUACAGUGCUGUGUGUGUGGUGGAGCACUCAGUUGCUACUUUGUAAAUUGUGCAUUUUGUUUAUAAAUAAAUAUUGUAUAUUUAUUAUUUCUGUAAGGAAAGAGUAUAUUUUCUUGCU